GUUUUCUCAGCCAAAAAGAAGAAGAAAACCCCAAAUUUAUUCCACAAUAAAACCCACUCUGUCCAUGAGGAUUGCACCUUGCAGUCCUUCAAAACACCAACAAAAUGAAUCUUUUUCAGAAUCUGGAUUUGGUCACUGCUAUUUCUGUGUUUCUCAGUAUUGCUUCAGCUUGCUCUAAUGGACAGUGCAAGUUGCUUGACGAAUGUUCUUCGGAUGGAGAUUGCGAGGCUGGGCUGUAUUGUUUCGCUUGCCCACAAGGGUUUUCAGGUUCCAGAUGCGUGAGAUCAACCAUUACAAACCAACUCCAGCUUCUGAAUAACUCUCUUCCUUUCAACAAAUACGCCUUCUUGACAAUCCACAAUGCAUAUGCCAUCGAUGGAUACCCUUUGCAUACCCCAAUUCCUCGAGUUACCUUUACCAAUCAAGAAGACAUGAUCACUCCUCAGCUCAACAAUGGAGCCAGAGGGUUGAUGUUCGACACUUACGAUUUCGAUGGAGAUGUGUGGAUGUGCCAUUCAUUUGGAGGACAAUGUCAUGACAUUACUGCAUUUAGGAGCGAAGGAGGAGGAUCAUUCCAAGCUGUGGACACUUUGAAUGGGAAGUUGUUAUGUGGAUGUGAUGAUAUCCAUGCAUGUGUGCCUGGAUCAACAUCAGGGGCCUGCACACCAUAAGAUGAAUUACAGGCAGAGGAUGUGGUGAAGACUUGACUACAUCAACAUUUUAUGAUUCAAUGAAUUCCCUCUUGUUGUAAGAACAUUGGUUGUAUACAAAUACAAGCAUAUGAUACCAUAAUAUAUAUAUAUAUAU